AAAAAUAUGUGAAUUCAUCAAUUUACUUUUACAAAACUAUACGCAGAGCGAUAUUCUUUCAAUGGAGAUGAUAUCUAGAGUUGAGAACAAUGUUGCCGAAUUUGAUUCGAAUAUACCAAACUCAAUGGUGCCAGGCAGAUUUGAUCAUGGAACUCACAAUUACAUUCUAAAAAAUUGCGAUGAGAAUACUGAUGGUAUUGUUCUAAUCGACCUGCAUAAUAAAAGAAGUGAUCGAAAAAAUAUGGAAGGUGCCAACCAGGUGAAGUGGUCUCGCAACAAUAUCACUGCCACCAUGGAACGCUUUGAACCCACGCGGAGUAUAAAUUCUAUGUCACCUACGCCAUCUUUGGAUUAUGGAUUUGCAGCCACUGUCGUCAACUCAAAGGCUGAAACAAACAAUUCUCUAAAAACUCCUCACUUUGUUGAAAUGACGUCAAAUGAUUUCAGACGCGAAGAAACUGCUAUAUCUAAGAACCACAUUUAUUCGUAUGCCUAUUAUGAUCCAGAAGCUGUAAAAUACCCUCGAAACAUGCCGCGCAACGGGAGUCACACAUUAAAUACUACAACGACAGAUCACCAGGCCCUGGAAACAUCAAAUAAUACUCAGCACAAUUAUGUUCGUACUUUACUGCCGAAAGCGCAUUGUUCUAAACCAAGUAGUGCAAAAAAUUCACCUCUGUCAUUGUCUGUGGAAGAUCGCCACACUUUUACCACACGAUAUGGAACAACAGAAAACUUGUAUGAAGAAGUCAACGAGCAAAAAAUAAGAAAAGUUUUCUCUGAUAACCGUAUAGUUACAACUGCGAAUUCAGUGAAAGAGGAGAUUCGACGUGUCCAUCACAAUCACUUUCGAGUGCUGGAUGAACUCAAUUUGUCCUUGGAAGCUCUGAUCAUGCCACCUAGUUCCCAAAAAACUACCUAUGAUGCUAUAAAUACUAUAGAGGAUAGUUCAGAAAGUGUUGCUGCCUCUGUAGCUACAGGAAACGCUUUGACGUCAAGUGUGCCAGCUUCAACAAAAAUCUUACCGCCAAAACCUCGGCGAUACGGUUUACUUGGAGGAAAUUCUUCUUCAUCAUUUUCCAAAAGGGAAUCUAAUGGAUUUUCAACAACUAGUUUAGAAAAUUUUUCAAAUGCUAUACAAUCGGAAAAUCUUAAAGACCAAUUACGUAACUCGAAUAACAAUACUGAUCUUGACGAAGGUGAUUUGGAUAGCGGAUUUAGUGGGAGCGGCAGCAGUAGUGGUAAUAGCUACAAUGAAAGUUUGCGGUUCUUCAAAUCUAUAGCUGGCAACCAAAUAGCACAUAAUACUAAAUAUCCAUGUUGCUCACCUUCAUCAUCGGCAGUAUUUACAUCGAAAAAUAGUCUAGCAUCUCAAGAAAACUCAGUAGCUAAUGCCACAGAAAACAUUACUAAUAAAUGUUGUGGAGAGGUGUCACCAAAGUCGUAUGAUAAUGAAUGUACUGCCUACCGUUGCAUUCGUCAUCCACUGAAUAUGCAGGAUUUUACUAUGCGCUCAACACCAUCCGAGAUUUCUACAGUUACAAAGUCUAAAAAGGGCUUUUGGACUACGGAACCAUGAUGUUAGGCCAUUUUUGAUUUGAAAUAAAAUUUUAGUAUGUAUGUACGUAUAUGUUUAUAGAAAAAUACAAUAAGUUGAUUUACAUAAUGGAAAAAAUAUUUGUCAUAUUUUAUGAUCAUGCUAAAAUACAAUUAUUUAAUAGUUUUUAUUAUAUUUUGUAAUAAAGUAAAAAUACAUUUAAAUAUUAA